AUGAGUUCGGUGACGACGUUUAAUUCAUCAUCAUCAUUUUCAUCGCCUAAAGAAAUUAGAUAUGAUUUCGCUUUAGGCGAAUUAAACAAAAUAUUAUUUUGUAUUGAUAAAAAGAAAAAAAUUCCAAAAAAAGAAACAAAAGAUAGAUUUGAAUAUUAUAAACAAUUAAUUCUUAAAAAUAAAUCAUUAUCAUCUGAAGAAAAAAUUUAUUUAAUAAAUCUAUUAAAAGAAACUGUUGAUUAUUUAAAAAUAACCUCCAAUACUACUUCUCAUACCGUUACGACUACCAACGAUGCCAUCAACAGUACCGUUACGACUACCAACGGUACAAUCAACAAUACCAUCAACAAUAUCGAUACAACAUCCACAAACACAAAAAAUAACGAUAAAACAACUACCAGCGGUGGUGAUGGACCAUAUUUUCAAUGGGAUAGUGAACAUAAAAAAUUAAUAAGAUUAGGAUCCGAAAAUGUAAUUUUGAAAAAUUUGAAGAAUAAUAAUAAUAAUGAUUCCAAAAAUUCGAAUGAAGAUUGGUUACUUAAGUAA